AUGGACUCCAUGCCAAGUCUGCCUGUGUCAGGAUCCCUUCCAUCCCUUGACAUGCCGCCAAACCCGCGCAUCGGCCAGUGCAAGUCUGGGUCCCUGUCUUCCCUCGGCUCCCUGGACGAGGUCACAUUCCCGCAAGACACCAACAGCGGCACAAUCUCCUCGACCUGCACACCCACGGGCACGGGAAUGACGGAAACAGCCACAACCCCGGUGCCGCUGCCACCUGCCGGCACCCUCUCGCCAAACAUGCGUGCAUGCAUGCAAGAAGCGCUCACCUCCUCGGUGCCGCCCGCCACCAAGUCUCUCACCCACUCGCCUUCGGCCAUGUCCCUGACCUCCCUCUGCAGCGAGCCUGACCUCCUGCGUGCCUCCUCUGUGGCUUCAGCAUCGUCGUCCUCCUCCUCCGCCUCUUCUUCAGCCACAUCUUCCUCGGCCUCAUCCGUCAAGUCUGCCAAGAAGACCAAGAAGAGCGCCAAGCGCUCGAGGAAGCAGCUCACCGCCGGCAGCAAGCAGCACAAGGCCGCUGCCAAGGCAACGGCCCGCCACCUUGACAAUGACGACGACGACGACGCCGCCGCCGACGACGACAACAACAACAACAAGAGUGACAGCUUCGUGUGCCCGCACCCCGGCUGCAAGAAGGUGUACCGCCGCCGCAACCACCUGCAGCGCCACGCGCUCACACACAAGAAGACGCCGCUUUUCAAGUGCACCUUUGCGGGCUGUGGUCGCGGCUUCCACCGCAAGGACCACUUCCAGUACCACCUCCGCGUGCACGCCGGCGACAAGCCGUUCAUCUGCGACGAAAAGGACUGCGGCCGUGCCUUCCGCCAGCGCAGCGCCCUCAACCGUCACAAGAAGAGCCACGCCCGCGAGCGCGAGCGCACCUGCUCCUACUGCAACCGCAUCUUCGCCAACACGGAGGACCUCUCCGUGCAUGUCUGCGCCAUCCACGGGCGCGAGGUGCUCGGAGGCAUGCCUGCAGGCAAGAAGACCACCUCCCCGUCUGUGCCCGUGCCCUUGCCGACCAGCGCCAGCGCCGCCGUGGCCGCCCUAUGUCAGCAGCAGUCGAAGCGGGUGAAGCCCCUCGUCCCCCCGCCCGUAUCCCAGCAGCAGCAGCAGCAGCAGCAGCAGCAGCAGCAACAGCAGCAAUCCACGCAGGCACUGCAGCAGCAGCAGCGCUUCCAGGCUUUGUUGGCCCUUCAUCAGCAGCUUCAGAUGCAGACACAGAUGCUUCGCCAACAGAUGCACGCGCGCCAACAGGAGCAGGAGCAACAACAGCAGCAAUACGACCAGGACCAGCAGCAGCAGCAGCCAGUGAACCCCUUGCAAGCGCUGCUCCAGUUCCUGCCACCGCCGCCACCGCCACCAUCCGAUUCCCGCCCUUCCCCGCUGGCCCCCGUGAUGUCAAGCCCUUCAUCCACUACCGCGUUCACAGCGACAUCCGCCUCUGCUGCUGCCACCGGCACACGCGCACCCCUGCGCAUCACGCCCAAAAACCUGGCCUUCCCGUUCUUCCCUUGA